GGCCCUGGGGGGCGCCCAGCCGGCGGGGAGCGGCCCCUGACCCCCGACUCCCGGCCCUCGCCCGCCGGAAUGGGCAGCAGCUCGCUGUCCGAGGACUACCGCCUGUGCCUGGAGCGCGAGCUGCGGCGCGGCCGCGCGGGCGUGUGCGGGGACCCGUCUCUGCGCGCGGUGCUCUGGCAGAUCCUGGUGGAAGACUUCGACCUGCACGGGGCGCUGCAGGACGACGCGCUGGCGCUGCUCACCGACGGCCUGUGGGGCCGCGCCGAUCUGGCCCCCGCGCUGCGCGGCUUGGCCCGCGCCUUCGAGCUGCUGGAGCUGGCCGCCGUGCACCUGUACCUGCUGCCCUGGAGGAAGGAGUUCUCCACCAUCAAGACCUUCUCUGGGGGCUACGUGCACGUGCUGAAAGGCGCUCUCUCAGAGGACCUCCUCAUCCAGAGCUUCCAGAAGAUGGGUUACGUGCCCAGGGACAACCACCGCCUGAUGAUGGCCGCCCUGCCGCCCGCCUACCAGCUGGUGCAAGUAGCCCUGGGCUGCUUCGCCCUCCGGCUGGAGUGUGAGAUCCUGGGCGAGGUGCUGGCGCAGCUGGGAACCAGCGUGCUGCCAGCCGAGGAGCUGCUGCAGGCGCGGCGAGCCAGCGCGGACGUGGCCUCCUGUGUGGCCUGGCUGCAGCAGCGGCUGGCCCGGGAAGAGGAGCCGCCACCUCUGCCCCCCCGCAGCUCCCCGACUGUGUACCAGACGCAGCUGGACCUAUACCAGGGCCUGCAGGAAGAGGAGGGCUCCGAGGAGGCCAGCCUGUACGGCGGGCCCUCGCCAGGCCCCGGCUCCCCGGCCCCAGAGCUGGCCUGCCGGUCUCCACUCUGGGAACAGAGCGCCAAACUGUGGGGUGCCAGGGGUGGGGCCUGGGAGGCCCUGGGGGAGGCUGAGGUGCUGCCGCAGCCCAGCAGCCCGCCGUACGGGGCCUUGAAGGAGGAGCUGGAGCCCGAGCCGGAGCCCUUCUCCUUCCUCUCCAUGCGGCGAGAGCUGCUAGGCAGGCCUGGGGACCUGGCUGCUCCCAAAUCCCCAGGGAGGUCAGGACGGGCCAGCCCCCAGUCCCCCGGGUACCAAGUGCACGGCUGCCUGGCCCCUGGUGCCCUGCCCACCCUCUGCUGCGACACGUGCCGCCAGCUGCACGCCCCGCACUGUGCCACCCUGCCCACCUGCCGUCCAGGUCACUCACUUCGUGUGCUGCUCGGGGACACCCAGCAGCGCCUCUGGCUGCAGCGCGCACAGGUGGAUGCCCUCCUCUAUGACGGACCCGGGGCCCGACCUUAAGCCCAGCCAGGCCCUGGGUCAAGUGCUUUCCAGAGACCGUUUCUGUGGUGCUUCUCUGGGCCUCAUCACUCCUCAGGCCUAAGUCCCGGCCACACUUCCCCUUGGGGACUCCCGGGCACAGCGGGGUGGGGAACGCAGGCUUCACAGAGCAGGUGGGCUCCUGCCCCCCGUGGAAAGCACCCGCCUGGGGCCACCGGCUCCCCACCUCCUGCACCCGGUGUCCAAGCCUAGGUCCAAAUGUGCUGGUGGAGGAGUCGAGCUUGCGUCUGUGUCCGGCCACCCCACCUGUGCCCGUGAAGGGCCCUCUCCCUUCUCUUUCACUCCUUCCCCCGACCCACUGUGGGGGCCCAACGCCCAGCCUGUAGCUCUUGACCGAUCCCUACAGUUACGGUUCAGGGCAUGUUGCCUCCCUCUGAGUGUCGCAGAGAGAUUCUCCUCACAGAGGUGUCCCUGGGGGCCUGCAGGUGACACUGAGCCACGGAGCACCACUGUGACCAGUCAGGGCUCUUCUCUGCCAGCUACAUGGCUGACCUCGCCCCUGCUGAUGGAAUGGGCUGAGGGCUGGCCUGAGACAAGCCCAUGUGCCCUGGUCACAGUUGGCCCGAGAAGCUGGGCCCGCAAGCGGGAGAGACGAUCUGAUCUUCUAGCAGAGUACGCAGGCUCCCGCAAAGUCCAGAGAGUAGGCAGACAGGCGGCUCGUGGAGCCUGGACAGGCGGUCACUCCCUUCCAGGUGGAAUGUGGGGCUUUUGAGCAAUCAGCACCCCACAAGCCACCCUGCUGGGGCCUUCUGCCGCACAGGCUUCCCCCCUGAGAACUCACCCGGGGUCCAGUGCUAAAGAUGUGGGCUGGGCUCAUGAGUAGCCACCUACUCAGACAAACUCUCGACACAGGCAGCAGAAGCCCUCUUCCUGGGGGAAGGGUCUCAGGAACUAGUAACCCACAGGACUAGAGGGGACAGGCGCCUGUCCUCUGUGCCGGCCCCUCCUCACUGGGCACCUCCCCUUCCCAGUACUUGGAGAACCACCUUCAUGUCAUGAGUCAGAACCCAAAAGUUCAUUAAAUGACAUUGAACCUGC